CGCAGCCGCAGUAGCCGGAGCCGCUGAGGCCGCUGCAGACGUGGCUGUCUGGCCUCGUUUUGUGGGGAGCCAGGCCCAAGUCUCUCCUUAAUGGCACUGAACGGCUUCCAGCGCAAGGUUAGUGCGGGUCGGGCGGCGAGGUAGAGACGCUAGCAGAGAGCCGGCGGCCGACUUCUCCAGGGGUUAUUGUUUAACAGAAGACAACAUCAACAGCUAUGCAGAAUUCUACUCACAUGGAUGAGUACAGCAGUUCUAGCAAUGGCAAUGCAAGCAAUGGUUCUGAGGUAGCCAUAGAGCAACCCACUGAUUUCAGUACUGAGAUUAUGAAUGUUAUAGAGAUGGAACAGUCACCUGAUGGCUCUCCUAAUGUGAAUGAAGAAAAUACAGAGGAAAAUGAAAUUUCAAAUGUAGAACUGCCAGUGACAGACACUGAAGCACAAUUUCCUCCAGAAUAUGAAAAGUUUUGGAAAACUGUAGAAAAUAAUCUCCAGGAUUUUACUGGCUGGGUAUAUUUGCUGCAAUAUGUAGAACAGGAGAAUCACUUGCUGGCUGCCAGGAAAGCAUUUGACAAAUUUUUUACACACUACCCAUAUUGCUAUGGUUAUUGGAAAAAGUAUGCAGACCUUGAAAAGCGCCAUGACAACAUUAAACAAUCAGAUGAGGUUUAUCGGCGAGGGCUUCAGGCAAUACCUCUUAGUGUUGAUCUUUGGAUUCAUUAUAUAAACUUCUUAAAAGAAACAUUGGACCCAGAUGAUCCUGAGACAAAUAAUACAAUAAGAGGAACUUUCGAGCAUGCUGUUUUAGCUGCAGGAACAGAUUUCCGAUCUGACAGAUUAUGGGAAAUGUACAUAAACUGGGAAAAUGAACAGGGAAAUCUGAGAGAGGUUACAACUAUAUAUGAUCGUAUUCUUGGUAUUCCAACACAACUCUAUAGUCAUCAUUUCCAGAGAUUUAAAGAACACGUACAGAAUAACUUGCCUCGAGAUCUUUUAACUAGUGAGCAAUUCAUUCAGCUACGAAGAGAACUGGCCUCUGUAAAUGGACACAGUGGUGAUGAUGGCCCCCCUGGUGAUGAUUUACCCUCUGGAAUUGAAGAUAUAACUGACCCAGCAAAGCUAAUCACUGAAAUAGAAAACAUGAGACAUAGAAUCAUUGAGAUUCAUCAAGAAAUGUUUAAUUAUAAUGAACAUGAGGUUAGCAAAAGGUGGACCUUUGAAGAAGGUAUUAAAAGACCUUAUUUCCAUGUGAAACCAUUGGAAAAGGCACAACUGAAAAAUUGGAAAGAAUAUUUAGAAUUUGAAAUUGAAAAUGGAACUCAUGAACGUGUUGUUGUUCUCUUUGAAAGAUGUGUCAUAUCUUGUGCCCUCUAUGAGGACUUUUGGAUUAAGUAUGCCAAGUACAUGGAAAACCAUAGUAUCGAAGGAGUGAGACAUGUCUACAGCAGGGCUUGUACUAUACAUCUUCCAAAGAAACCCAUGGUUCACAUGCUAUGGGCUGCUUUUGAAGAACAGCAGGGUAAUAUAAAUGAAGCAAGAAGCAUUCUAAGAACGUUUGAAGAAUGUGUUUUAGGAUUGGCAAUGGUUCGUUUGAGAAGAGUAAGUUUAGAGCGACGGCAUGGAAACAUGGAAGAAGCUGAGCAUUUGCUUCAGGAUGCUGUUAAGAAUGCCAAAUCAAAUAAUGAAUCCUCAUUUUAUGCUAUAAAACUAGCCCGACAUCUUUUCAAGAUACAGAAGAACCUUCCAAAAUCAAGAAAAGUGCUCUUGGAAGCCAUUGAAAGAGACAAAGAGAACACAAAAUUAUACCUCAAUUUACUUGAAAUGGAAUAUAGUGGGGACCUCAAACAAAAUGAAGACAAUAUCCUCACCUGUUUUGACAAGGCUGUACAUGGUUCAUUGCCUAUUAAAAUGAGAAUUACGUUUUCUCAGCGAAAGGUGGAAUUUCUAGAAGAUUUUGGUUCUGAUGUGAACAAGCUUCUGGAUGCUUAUGAUGAACAUCAAAUACUUUUAAAAGAACAAGACUCUUUAAAAAGGAAAGCUGAAAAUGGGGCAGAAGAGCCAGAUGAAAAAAAAAUACACACAGAAGAUGCGACUUUGGCAUCUACUCAAAUGAUUGACGGAGACAUCCAAGCUAACCAAGCUGCAUAUAAUUAUAGUGCCUGGUAUCAAUACAAUUACCAGAAUCCCUGGAAUUAUGGACAGUAUUAUCCUCCCCCUCCAACCUGAUGGAAAAAAGUAUUUUAAUUUCAUAACUGGUAUUGUCUGGGGUGGGGAAAAAUGAACUUUUUUUUUUAAAUGAGGGGUAUAAACAAAACAUAAUUUGAUAAUAUUUGAUAACUUGUCUUCCCUGUUCACAUGUAACAUUUGCUUAGUAAUUGGGACAAUAUUUCACUUAAUAGCAAAUAACAUACUAUUUCCUACUUUUUAUUGGAGAACUUUUUUUUAUUUUUGCAUUAAGUGGUCUAGAAUUCUCUCAACACAUUUGAAACCAAGUCUAGUAGCCUUAAGGAGGAAAAAAAAACUGACUGAAAAUCGUGUCAGUGUAGCAAGUAAUUCUGAAUAUUACAUAAGGGCUGGUUAUUAAAAUGUCUUCACCUCGUCCAUCAAAAAUUGUUUCAAACUUUCAACCUAAAAAGGGUUGUGUUCCAAUUGUCCUUGUGAUGUUGCAUCUACUUAUAGAAAUAUAAAGAUCUAAUCCUUAAAUGGAUAUUCAUAAAUCCAUAAGUGAUAAAAUGUCAAAAUAUUUGCAUCCCUUUAAAAAUGAAAAUCAUUAAAAAUACGGUAGACUUUUGUAUGUAGAAUGUUCAUGUAUAACUUGUGAGCAGACUUUUUUGAUCAAACCGAUCAUUUUCAUAAUAAAGCAAGGACUUAUAUGACAAUUGCUUAUGAAUUGAUUUUUUUAAAAAAACACUUUAGAAAUUAAACUUGUGCCAAUUAAAGCAGGCACCAAGCUGGGUGAGACACAUUUUGAUAUUCUUUAUUAAUUAAUUUUACUUUAAAUGCCAAAAAACUCUGCUCCUUGCAUAAUCUUUAUUAUAUACAGGUCUAGGGAGGGUUUGCCUUGCUCAUACUCAAGAGGAGGAUUUAAAACUACAUCCCCAACUCUUUAGCCAUCUGACUUCUGCUAAGCACUCAAUCUUUCAAAGUGUAUUUUCAACCAGCAAGAAAAGCUGUGCCCAUUAGUCAUCAUCACAGAUGCAGUGACAUUUUUAAUUGGGAAGAGGUUAGAGUUUAGCAAGAAGUUAGGAGGUAGAGCAUCUAAUCUGUUACCCACUUGCUGAAAAAUGUGAUUAUCUUUAUUAAUAGCUAACACUAAGGU